GAAUUAAGAAGAACAAAUGUAAAGAAGGAUUAGUUGAAACAUCCAUUAACAAAGAUAUCAUAACUUAUUGCGACAUCUUUUUAUAUAAAAAAUCCGCCACCCAAUUAGCUUCUCGAAAUUAGAUCUCUUGUCCUGUCUAACUGAAGUACUGAACUUCUCCUUUUUUACUCUGUAAAAAUUGCUUUGAUCAGAUCCCCAUAGAUUCUCCCUAUUCUGUGCAUUUUUUAAGCUUUGAGAAAAAUGAGCCUUGGAGAAGCUGCGUUAUCUGCAUUCCUUCAGGUUGUUUUUGUCAAGCUUAUGUCCCCUAAUUUACUCUACUUUUUCCGCCAAACUAACAUCCAUGAAACUCUCAAAAAAUGGUCAAAAACCCUCCUCAAAAUCCAGGCAGCCAUAUCUGAUGCUGAGCAGAAGAAGAUGAACAACAACAACAACAACAAGCUUGUGAUCAUGUGGUUGGACGAGCUUCAAGACUUAACUUAUGAUUUGGACGACAUUUUGGAUGAAAUUUGCACUGAAGCUCAACUUUCUGAAUCACCCAUUGAAAAUGAGGAUAACCCAGGUAUUCUAAGAAACUUUAUCCCUGAAUAUUUCAAUGCCCUUAAUUCUACUAAGUUCUGUUUCAACCGCAAGAUUGAAUUGAAGAUUGAAAACAUUUCUAUGCGUUUGCAAGACAUUGUAACCCAAAAAGAUGAACUUGGUCUUUUAGAUUUUGGUGUGCAAGAUAGGAAUGAAAUGAAAGGUUGGCGGAAAUCGGAGUCGACAUCUUUGGUUUGUGAGCCUCAUGUUUAUGGAAGGGAUGAGGAGAAAGAUAAGAUCAUUGAUUUAUUGCUUGAUGAUGGAGGAAAUUGUAGUGAUUUUUGUGUUAUUCCUAUAGUUGGGAAAGGUGGGAUUGGUAAGACAACGCUUAGUCAACUUGUAUACAAUGAUGAGAGGGUGAAGAAGCACUUUGACAUUAAAGCAUGGGUUUGUGUUUCCAUCGAGUUUGAUGUGUUGAGGAUAACUACGGCGAUUAUGAACUUGAUUACUGGUGGUAAUGCUAGCUAUAGCACUCUUAAUCAGGCUCAAGUAGCAUUACAUGAGGCUUUGGUGGAUAAGAGAUACUUUAUUGUUUUUGAUGAUGUUUGGAGUGAGAAGUAUGAAGAUUGGAAUAGCCUAAGGAUCCCACUUAGGGCCGGGACAAAGGGAAGUAGAAUUUUGGUAACAACGCGCAGUAGAAUCUCUGCUUCAAUUAUGGGAACAAGUAGAAUUCAUUUUAGUCUUGAGCCUUUGUCAGAUAAUGAUUGCUGGAAUUUGCUUCAGCAACAUGCUUUUGAUGGUGUUGAUGUUACUACAAAUCCAAACAUUGUAAUCUUGGGUAAGAAGGUGUCUGAGAAAUGCAAAGGCUUGCCUUUGGCAGCGAAAACAUUAGGAGGCCUUUUAAAAUCGAAGGCGGAGGUAGACGAAUGGGAGGAGAUACUACAUAGUGAUAUCUGGAAGUUGCAGGAUAGUGAUGUUUUGCCUGUGUUAAGGUUGAGUUACAAUUACCUGCCUCCAGAGGUCAAGCGUUGCUUUGCUUACUGCUCGAUACUUCCUAAGGAUUAUGAAUUUCAAGAAAGGGAGGUCAUUUUAUUCUGGAUGGCUGAUGGUCUAUUGCUUCACCAGGAAUCAAAGAAACAUAUGGAGGAUCUUGGUCAUGACUAUUUCCAUGGGCUUGUGUCUCGGUCAUUUUUUGAACCCUCGAAGAUUGAUGACUCUCGGUACAAGAUGCAUGAUCUCGUUAAUGAUUUGGCUCAGUGGGCAGCAGGAGAUAUAUGUCUUAGGUUGGAUGACAUGGAGAAAACUCUGGUAUGUGGACCUGACAAUAGGAUACGACACCUCUCCUUUAUCCGUAGGAAGCAUGAAACAGUAACAAGGUUUGAAGAUCGUAGAGAUAUUACCAGCUUGAGAACUUUUGCUUCAUUUAGUCUCAAUUAUUGUGGAUGGAGCUUCCUAGCUAGAAAUAUUGGUAUUGAUUUGAUACCUAAGUUUGGAGUUCUCAGAGUCCUUUCUCUCAGCUGGUACUACAUCAUGAAGCUGCCAGAUUCCAUUGGUGAUCUGAAGCACCUGCGGUAUCUGGAUAUCUCCGGCACUAAGGUCAAGGAAUUGCCUGAAACAAUUGGAAACCUCUGCAAUCUACAAACACUAUUAUUAGCACACUGUGAGCUUCUAGAGAAGUUGCCGACAAGCACAAGGAAGUUGGUCAACCUGCGUCAUCUUGACAUUAGUGAAACAACAUCUCUGCAAGAGAUGCCAGUGGGAAUCGGGACAUUGGUGAAUCUUAAAACAUUGUCAAGAUUUAUUGUGGGAAAUGUUGAUGGAAGAGGUAUAGGAGAAUUAAAGAAUUUGCGAAAUCUUCGAGGGAUGCUUUUUGUUUCUGGAUUGGACAAUGUUGUCAGCAUUAAAGAUGCAUUGCAGACUAGGUUAGAUGAUAAAUUAGAUCUAUCUGGCCUACAAAUUGAAUGGGCUAGGAAUUUUGACCUCAGAGAUGGAGAAUUUGAAAAGAACUUGCUCACCCUCCUGCGCCCUCCAAAGAAACUAAAAGAAUACAGACUAAAUUGUUAUGGUGGUGAGGAUUUCCCAUCCUGGUUGGGAGAGCCUUCUUUUACCAAUAUGGUUACGUUAACCCUGAAAGAUUGCAAGAAUUGUCGGUUCUUGCCAUCUCUAGGAAAGCUUCCAUCAUUGAAGAAGCUUCAUAUUGAAGGUAUAACUAGAGUUAAAAGUGUGGGUGUGGAGUUCUAUGGAGAAAAUUGCUCAAAACCUUUUCCGUCGCUUAAAACUCUACACUUUCAGCGUAUGGAAGAAUGGGAAGAGUGGUUUCCUCCAAGAGUUGAUGAAAGCUUUCCCAACCUUGAAAAGCUUUUAGUAAUAAAUUGCCCGAGCCUCCGUAAAGAGCUACCAAUGCAUCUUCCUUCUUUGAAGAAACUUGAGAUCUCAAAAUGUUUGCAACUUGUGGUCUCACCUUUAAGUUUUCCGGUGCUGCGUGAACUGAAGAUACGGGAGUGUCAAGCAAUUGUUCCGGAACCUGCUACAAUUGACAUUAGUAAUUUGAAAACCUUGGAGAUUUUUCAAAUAUCAGAACUAAUUUGUCUGAAAGAAGAGCUUAUAGCCCAGUUUACGAAACUUGAUACUCUACACAUAGAAAACUGCAUGGAACUUGCCUCGCUAUGGUGUUGUGAGAAGACAUUAGAGGAAGGCCUUCCGUUACUUCAUAAUUUGGUCAUAGUAAACUGUCCAAAGCUCCUCUUCUUUCCGUGUGAAUUUCAAAGAGAACAACAGAGACAAAUGCUAUUUCAUGGAAAACUUGAAUCUUUGACUUUACAAGGGUGUGAGAAGCUAGAGAUCCUUCCACUGGAUCUGGUCAACCUCAGAGCUCUUUCAAUCACAAAUUGCUCGAAGCUGAAUUCCCUUUUCAAAAAUGUUUUGCAGUCUAACAUCAAGAAACUUAAUAUCAGGUUCUGCAAUUCUCUCGAAUCUGCAACGGAGUGGAUAAGCAGCUGCAGCUCUCUGGUGUCCUUGAGCAUCAGUGGUUGUCCCUCUCUUCUAUCAAUCGAUCAGAUACCCCAUACUCUUCAGAGUAUGGAGAUCAUUUGCUGUGAGAAAUUACAACUGGUGGCAGAUGAAGGGGUCUUGGCUCAUACUCCAUCCUCUUCAUCUUUAAUAAAGGUGCCAUCUAGCUUAGAGUCCCUCAGAAUUGGAAGAUGUCCAGCUCUCACUUCUUUUCUAGGAAAUGGCAAUUUACCCAUCACCCUGAAGAUGCUGGAUGUCUAUGACUGCCAAAAUCUUGAAUCUCUACCAAUAGGAGAGAUUGGAAGCACAAUAUUUCAUCUUGAAAAACUGAAAAUAAGUCGUUGUGAGAAGUUUAGAAUGUUCAGAGGGGGCCUUGAAAAACUUAUUUUUCUCACAACCUUAGAAAUAUCUAGCUGUAUAAAUCUUGUCCAGUUUGGUGAUAGAGUCUUGCUUCCCUCAGGCCUCAAACAGCUCAAUAUUCAUGAUUGCGUAAAACUAGAAGCUUUGCCCAAUCAAUUAGUGAACCUCAAGUUACUUCAAGAGUUGAAGAUUAGUUCAUGCCCUAAGGUCCUCUUCUUUCCGGAGAGCGGUCUACCACCUAACUUGACACUACUUUGGCUAAUUGAUGUUAACACCGAGGGUCCUAUUAGUAACUGGGGGCUGUGCAGAAUCACCACUCUUAAAGAACUGAGGGUUGAUUCUGUUGGCUGCUUGAGAUCGUUGGAGACUUUUCCAGAGGAGUCUAUGGAUCUUCCGGCCUCAUUGACUUUCUUGAGAAUUGGUGAACUAUAUAAUUUGAAAUACCUUUCAGUUGGAAGCAUCACGAACCUAAUUUCCCUUACCAUUCGGAACUGCCCGAAGCUGAUAUUGCUGACAGAUACAGAUCUAUGUCAUUCACUUUUGCAGAUUCACAUCUAUAAGUGUUCUUGUCUUAAACAGCAAUGGCUAGGAGACAAAGCUCGAGUGUGGCCAAUGUUGUCUCGCAUCCCUUGUGUCAUUAUGGAUGAUCAUUUGUACAGUCCCUCUAAGUUGUAGAGGAUGAUUCGAUUGUGUUUGAUUUACCAUCCUAGUGUAAUACAAGCACAUAUGUAGCUGCUUGAUUUCACUGUAACAUCUUUCGUGGAAUGCUGGAAUGUUUGACUCCCAGCACAUCUCCAAGUUUGCUCAGUUCUACUACUUUAUAUAGUUUGCAAUAUGUAACAUUACUACAUUAUCUUCUUUAUAAAAGAAGCCUGUUUGUAUCAUUAAUUAUAGUUAUUAAAGUUAGUUCCUGUUGAAUUUAUUCAUAUGCGAUGUAUCGAAAUCUUAGUUCUUUGAUACAGCAGUGAUUUAAAAUAACUGAAAAGGAGAGCAGAUUGUUUCUUAAGUUGUA